AGAUAAUAAAAUGUACAAGUGGAGAACGAUUAACUUUUUAUCUAUAGUUUAUCUUCUACUGAAUAUUAGCUUUUGUCAAAUAAACGAUCUUGACUUCAACAAACUGGUAACUCUAAAGCCGGGUGUAACUGACGAAGAAGCCGCCGAUGCAUUGCAACCAGUUCUCAGUGUCCGAGAUGGAGCCGAUGGUUACAGCAGUCCAGACUUUGACAUCGGUCUCAUCCUGGACCCAUACGAGGACCGUGAGAACAUGACGGGUAAUAGAACCUGCAAUGUCGCCAGCAUUAUAACCUACGAUAACGGAGUCAUGGUUAGAAUCGUCUACAUCCCCGGCUUCGCAAUCCUCCUCUUCUCGAGCAUCUUCCUGGUCUACGCCAUCCUCACCCUUCUAAAACCCCUCCUGAAGAUCUACCUAUCAGUCCUGUUCUACGCUGGCUGUCAGCUGUUCCUGGUGAUAUGUAUGAUCCUCUCCCUCCUCUCAUCUAACCUAUAUAAUGAUACUCCCACCUCUUGUUCCAUCACAGAGCCUCUACACAGCGUGGGGAUGAUACUACCAGGAUACGCUGUACUCUCUAUCACUCUCAUCAGAUACCUCUUCCUAAAGUACCCGAUGAAUUGGAGGAAUAUCCUCAGAAUGCCCUAUCAGCUAACAGGUUUCCUCUUACUGGUAGUUUUUGCGAUAAUUCUGGCGAAUCUGCCGAACUUUGGGCUAUGCAGCUACACACUAUACGAGAAAGGAGAGUUCACACAGUGCAGGUACAGUGACACAGGAACACUCUGUACCACCUUCUACGUCCUCUACAUCCUCUUCGGGUUCGUGGUUCCUCCUCUGGCAGUGCUGGUUCUCUACUGUCUCAUCUACAGGAUCAUAUCUAAACACAAGGCAUAUGUAGCAGCCAGGACCACGUCUCACAGCAGGAGUAGGACCGCUUCCGCAAACAAAACCAACUCAACCAGAUUCAACUCUUCUGGAGUUUCAGAAAAUCUGCUCAGCAAUUCGGAGUCGGACAGCACACCUACAUCUGACAAAGAGCGAACAGAGAAGGAACGGUCGACGAUCCCCUGGUCGAUAGUAGUGAUAACAAUCCUAAACCUGUUCUCCACCCUACCCUGGAUCCCACAGUCUCUCUACCCGAACCUGUUCUACGGGUGCCAGCCGGGGGAGGUGGUGCUCAUGGUCGAUUUCAUGUGGACCAUCCUCAUCUUAUCUGUAUCCCUCUCUCCCAUCGCUUAUCUUCUCACUACACAGAGCGUCAGGGAACAGAUCAAGAGGUGGCUGAUCUGUCCGUGCCUGAGUUCUGAAGAUGGAGACAAUAAACAAUUCCAGAGACUAUCUAAUUCUAUCGUGUGAACUGUUUUCUUAUGUUAAUAAUAAUGCAUGUUUUUGCUAUGAUUUCGCUAAAAUAUUCAGUAGUAUAGUCUGCCGGUAACAUAAAUCAAAGAACAUUAAUAAGGAAGUGAAAUUUUACAGAAUUAAAUUUCUAGUCUAUUAUGGGAUUCCAUUAUCAUGAUGAUGAUUAUGGAACAUAUAAAUGCAAAAUAUUAUUAAUUUAGCUGAUUUGCUAUAAACCUCUUGCAGCACUCUUAUUUUGAUGCUUUUUAUUUAUUUUAUUUGCGAUUAAACAAUGUUCCAGAGAUGUUCAUAACAAUCGUUUGCUGAAUAAUAGAGUUUGUUUAAAAUUGUGGUUUCAUGAGUCAAAUAAGUUUUAAAAUCAUUUUCAUUAUUAAGAGAAAAUGAAAACUUUGUCGAUUGAUUGUAUUGGUAAUUGGAUUAUAACAGAAUAAAAUAGAACUACAAAUAUACAUAUUUGAUACUGUAAAGAAUGAAAUAAAUCAUAUUCCAUUGGUAUAUUAUAACAUAAGUCAAAGAUUAAAGC